AUGGCUUCCAUCGACGAGAACAUCAAGGCCGCCUCGGCCAAGCAUCCUCUGGUCUCGCUCGGAGAUGGCAAGCAGUACACCUAUGGCACUGCUGGCUUUCGCAUGAAAGCCGAUCUGCUGGAGGCCGUCACCUUCCGGGUCGGUCUUCUGGCCUCGCUGCGCAGUCGCAAGCUUGGCGGUCAAACUAUCGGUGUCAUGGUCACAGCCAGUCACAAUCCGGCAGCUGAUAAUGGUGUCAAGAUCGUUGACCCUAUGGGGGACAUGCUCGAGCAGGACUGGGAGCGCCAUGCGACCACCCUGGUUAACGCCAGCAGCGAUGAUGAACUCGCUGCCAUUUACAACAAGCUCGCUGUGGACCUUAAGAUCGAUCUCAGCGCUCCUGCUAAGGUUAUCUAUGGCCGUGACACCCGUCCUUCCGGCCACAAGCUUGUUGCUGCCCUUGCCGAUGCUCUGCAGGCUACCAACACCGAGUUUGUCGACUACAAGCUCCUGACUACCCCGCAGCUGCACUACUUGGUUCGUGCUACCAAUACCGAGGGCACCCCACUCUCGUAUGGUAAGGUCAGCGAGGCUGGGUACUAUGAGAAGCUGGCCGAGGCUUUUGUUCGUGCCUUGAGGGGCCGCCGUGUCCAGGGCAAUCUCAUUGUUGACUGCGCCAAUGGCGUCGGUGGUCCGAAGCUGGCUGAGCUUUUGAAGUAUAUCCCCAAGGAUAAGACCGGCUUCCACGUCAAGAUUGUCAACGAUGAUGUUCUUCGUCCCGAAGUUCUCAACCUUGACUGCGGUGCCGAUUUCGUCAAGACCAAGCAGCGUGCUCCCCCGUCGCCGAAGCCUGUGCCGGGUGUCCGCUCUUGCUCUCUGGACGGCGAUGCUGAUCGUCUCAUCUACUACUAUGUGGAUGCCGAGACUGGCUUUGUCAUGCUCGACGGUGAUCGCAUUUCUUCUCUCGCUGCCUCUUUUAUUGGUGACCUCGUUGAGAGCGCUGGCUUGAAGGACGAGCUCCGCAUUGGCGUUGUCCAGACCGCCUACGCGAACGGUGCCAGCACCAACUACAUUACUCAGCACUUGAAGCUGCCCGUGAUCUGCACACCGACUGGCGUUAAGCACCUCCACCACGUGGCUCAGGGAUUCGACGUUGGAGUGUACUUCGAGGCCAACGGUCACGGCACGGUGCUUUUCUCCUCUGAUGCGCUUAGUGCCUUCAAGACCAAGGAGCCCCAGUCUCCCGCUCAGAAGGAUGCGCUCGAUACCCUUGCUGCUUUGGGUGACCUGAUCAACCAGACAGUCGGUGAUGCUAUUUCCGACAUGCUCCUGGUUGAGGUGAUCCUCGCCCACAAGAACUGGACUCUGAGUGACUGGGCCAUGACGUACACCGACCUGCCUAAUCGUUUGGUGCGCGUCGAGGUCGGUAACAAGGACCUGUUCCGCACCACUGACGCUGAACGUCGCCUGCUCUCCCCUGUAGGCUGCCAGGACGAGAUUGACGAGGUCGUUAGGAAGUACAAGGAUGCUCGCGCUUUCGCCCGCGCCAGUGGCACCGAGAAUGCCUGCCGCGUCUACGCCGAAGCUGCUACCCGCUCAGAGGCCAACGAGCUGGCCGAACGCGUUGCUCCGGCCUUUAGCGCUCCUCCGCCGUUGUCACCGUCGGACCCCUGGUUGCAGGACUGGGACCACUUGUUUUGGUUGAUCGAAGAGGAUGAGGAGCGGGAGCGGCGGUUGAGCCCGUCUUAUCGACGCAUCAACGUGGACAGGAUCUACAAGGAGCCGAAAUACCUCACCAACGGUGAGGUUGACUGGGAUGAGUGGGCUGAGGAUAAGUGGGAUGAAUAUAAGUGGGGUAAGUGGGAUGAGUGCGAUUGA